CUGAACACGCUGAGCGCUCUGGGAGCAGCCAUGGCGGAUGGUCCUGUGGCGGAGCUGCUGUUGCGGCGGCUGGAGGCGGCAGAUGGCGGCCUGGACAGCGCGGAGUUCGCAACCCAGCUGGGCGUGGAGCACCAGGCGGUGGUGGGCGCGGUGAAGAGCCUGCAGGCUCUAGGCGAGGUCAUUGAGGCUGAGCUUCGCUCUACCAAGCGCUGGGAGCUUACUGAUGAGGGUGAGGAAAUUGCCCGGGAAGGUAGUCAUGAGGCCCGGGUGUUUCACAGCAUCCCCGCAGAGGGCCUGGCCCAGAGUGAGCUCAUGCGCCUGCCCAGUGGCAAAGUGGGUUUCAGCAAGGCCAUGUCCAACAAGUGGAUCCGUGUGGACAAGAGUGCAGCGGAGGGGCCCCGUGUGUUCCGAGUGGUGGACAAGGUGGAGGACGAAGUGCAGCGACGACUCCAGUUGGUCCAGGGCGGGCAGGCUGAGGAGCUGGGUGAGAAGGAGAGGAGCGAGCUCAGGAAGAGGAAGCUGCUGACUGUAGUGACCCUGAAGACUUACUGGGUGAGCAAGGGCAGUGCCUUCAGCACCAGAAUCUCCAAGCAGGAGGCAGAACUGAGCCCGGAGAUGAUCUCCAGUGGUUCCUGGCGGGACCGGCCCUUCAAGUCCUACAACUUCGCUGCCCGUGGCGUGCUCCCUGACAGCGGUCACCUACACCCUCUGCUCAAGGUCCGCUCCCAGUUCCGACAGAUCUUCCUGGAGAUGGGGUUCACCGAGAUGCCGACUGACAACUUCAUUGAGAGCUCCUUUUGGAACUUCGACGCUCUCUUCCAGCCCCAGCAGCAUCCAGCACGUGAUCAGCAUGACACCUUCUUCCUACGAGAUCCUGCCGAGGCCCUGCAGCUCCCAAUGGACUACGUCCAGCGAGUCAAGCGGACCCACUCCCAGGGCGGCUACGGUUCACAGGGGUAUAAGUACAACUGGAAGCUGGACGAGGCUCGGAAAAACCUGCUGCGCACACACACCACAGCGGCCAGUGCCCGGGCCCUGUACCGCCUCGCCCAGAAGAAACCCUUCACGCCGGCCAAGUACUUCUCCAUUGACCGCGUGUUUCGGAACGAGACCCUGGAUGCCACGCACCUGGCCGAGUUCCACCAGAUCGAGGGCGUCGUUGCUGACCACGGCCUCACCCUGGGACACCUCAUGGGUGUCCUGCGGGAGUUCUUCUCCAAGUUGGGUCUCACCCAGCUGCGCUUUAAGCCCGCCUACAACCCUUACACUGAGCCCAGCAUGGAGGUGUUCAGCUAUCACCCAGGCCUGAAGAAGUGGGUGGAAGUGGGGAACUCUGGGAUCUUCCGCCCUGAGAUGCUGCUGCCCAUGGGGCUCCCUGAGAAUGUGUCGGUCAUUGCCUGGGGCCUCUCCCUGGAGCGCCCAACGAUGAUCAAGUAUGGCAUCAACAAUAUCCGGGAGCUGGUGGGCCACAAGGUGAACCUGCAGAUGGUAUAUGACAGUCCCCUGUGCCGCCUGGACACGGAACCAAAGACCCCACAGACCCAGGCUGCGUGACACAGGCUGCCCCAGGAUCGCCCAUCCUCCCUGGGUCCCUGCCGCCCAGCCUUUUUACAUUCUUCAUCAGUGACCCCCUUGUAUUUAUGAGGCCUCCGUGAGGCCAGUCCUCCUCCCACCUCUGCACCCAUCCCAGAAGCAGGCCCCAAGGGGUGGGUGGCAGCUUCCUUCUGUUGGCCUUCUGUGGUCUGCUGAUCUUAUGAGGUGGGCCAGGGGAGCCCUGGAGCCCAGCUGCUGUUAAUAAAGUGGGCACUUGCCCUCA